AACAGUGCACACAGCACAGCAAUCGCAGCCCCUCCCACGCCUCUCACUUCUCAAAGCUGAUUUAUUAAACCUUAACCUCCUCCUUGGAGUACACAGCAUCGCUGGUCCUCCACCUCCGCGGCAGCCGGCAUUUCGCAAGAAUUGAUGGGGUGCAAGUCGUGCCAGAAGCCCAAGGCGCAGCACCGGAAGGGUCUGUGGUCGCCGGAGGAGGACCAGAAGCUCCGCGACUACAUCGUCCGCUACGGCCACAGCUGCUGGAGCACCGUCCCCGUCAAGGCCGGGCUUCAGAGGAACGGCAAGAGCUGCAGGCUGCGAUGGAUCAACUACCUGAGGCCGGGGCUGAAGCACGGCAUGUUCUCCCAGGCGGAAGAAGAGACCGCCAUGAGCCUCCACGCCACACUCGGCAACAAGUGGUCUCAGAUAGCCCAGCACCUGCCGGGCCGGACGGACAACGAGGUGAAGAACUACUGGAACUCGUACCUGAAGAAGCGCGUCGAGGGCGCGCGGGCACCAGCCAAGUCCGCCGGCUCCGACGCGCCCCGUAGCCCGACGCCCAGCGACAGCGGCCGCGAACGCAGAACCGUUAACCAGCCGUCCAACUCAGGCUCGUCCGGCCCGCCCGAGUCGUCGUCGACGGGCGACGACUCGAGCAGCCUCACCGGGCCAGGCGCGGCCGCGUUGAUCCGGCCGCACGCGCCCGUGCUCCCCAAGGUCAUGUUCGCGGACUGGCUCGACAUGGACAUGGACUACGGCACCGGCCUGAUGGCCCCGAGCGCCCUGGACGCCGCCUUCGACUGCAGCCCGGUGCAGCAGGGCGGGAGCAACACGGUGGACGGCCGUUGCGGCGCCGAGGACUCGUUGCACGGGCUCGGCGACGGCGGCAUCUGUUGGGAGUUCGAGGCGGACACGCAGGGCGGAGCAGGGUUCUGCGACCUGCUCUCCAUGAGCGAGUUCCUCGGGAUCAACUAGGGCGGGAACCCCGCCGUCGGGGGUGAGACAGGCUAAGCCGGCCGUCGUGAUCGAGCGAGCGGCGAAGUGUUGUGCGGCUCGUCGCGAGGUUCUUUUUUUUCCUUUUUUUUUUGAGGUUUCGUUGCUCCGUGCUGUAAAUCACCGUGCCGUGUUUGUGCAGUUUAAAAACUCUUUUUUCUUUUAGCGGGUAAUUGUGCAGUUUUUUUUCCGGGUAAUUGAGCAGUUUUCUUCGUAAGUUAGCGUGUAGCGUACAAAGCGUUGAUUUUCUUCGUAAGAGUUUGUAGCCCCGCUCUGGUCCCGGAGAACGUACAGAAAUAAUAACGAGAGCAGAGCUAAAGCAUUUCAUGGUUUCA